CAUGUCCCCGGUUUAGUUUUACGUCUGCUACUAUACUACUUGUUGUCGCGUCCAGACAGUUUAAACACUCGGGACAGCAUCAGUACGAGCGUGACCACUGUCUACUAAACAUUCGGUCUCAUCAGUCUUAUUUCAUAACAAUAUACUAAUAAUAAUUAUUGAGUGAAUUCUACGAAUUACAAUGGCGUUGAAUUACGUUUGGAUCCUUGCAAUUGUUGCAUUUGCUUUCUUUGUACAAUCAGGCGAGUCUCUGCGAUGCUGGAGCUGCGUUUCUGAUCAACCAGGCACCUGUGGCGAUCCGCUUAAUGUUACCAGCCACCACCAAACUUUCCACACCCGUGAUUGCGAGUCUAACGCUAAUCCAAAUUCUUACAUCUACAACGAGAAGUAUGUCUGCAAAAAAAUUGUCCAAAAAGAAAAUGGAAGACUCGUUGUCCGACGUUCGUGCGAAAUUCCCGGACCGGAAGAGCGUGACAUAAAAGACGGACCUUGUGCAGCUCACGACACAACUCACAGCCACGUGACCAUGGUAUCUUGUCACAUCUGCAGCACCGAUCUCUGCAACUCCGCGACUUCAUUGUCUGGUUCAAAAGUUUUCUUAAUUUCCGCAGUUGCUUUUAUCGGGGCUUAUAUUUUGCCCACCCUGAAGUAAUUCAGCCUUUAAAUAAAAAGGGAACCAAAGUUUCACUUACUAUAUCUUCAACAUAAAUUUUAAUCUAUUCAAAUAAAUUAAUGCGUUUACACCUACUGAGUGUUACUUAGAUUAAGUAUCGCAAUAAAAGCUUCUGGGAGCUUUUAUGUACAACUAAAUCACCGAACAAAUAAUGUAAGUCUCUUGGAAAUGGAGUAUUUAAUACAUAACAUAUAUAUUUAAUCACUAACGUCAAUUGAAUAUAUAUUAUAAUUAUAACGAUAAGAAAAGAAAUGGAAAAUUUAUUUAUAUAUUUUAAUAUUAUGUGUUAUUUGUUUGUUUUAUUUUUCUUUACAUUUAUUUAGAAAAAAAAAAAACAUAAUUUUUAACAGUUUUAAAUAAUUAUUUUAUGUAUAUUUAUAAACCAAAAAUGAUUUUAUUAUUUUAUUAUCUAUUAAAGGGCGCAUAUUUGCACCGCAGGUACAAACUUUAACAAAAAAGUUUUUUUUUUCACAUUCAAUAAUAACAUUAAUAAUAUUAAUAACCAUAAUAAUAUUGAUAAUAAUAUUAAUAUCAAUAAUAAUAAUAAUAAUAAAUCAUGUAACUUCUUUAGUCUAUAUUAUAUAUCCCCCUUAUUCAUACACACUGGUAGACUGUUUUAUAUUUAUAUGUAUAUCUGAUACUUCCUCCGUACGAUAUUAUUUACAACACCUGCGCGACGCCCUUUUUUCGUAUCAGCCACCGCAUUAAACGAAAGUGCUCUCAUGCGUAAAAUAGCAAACAAGGAAAAUGAAUAAACAGCGAAAUAACAUGCAAAGAAACCAAACCAACGAUACAAAAAUA